CUUCCCUCUCAUGACUUCCGAACAUCACAUCGGGCUGAUGGAGCUGGCGCACUUGGCAAGCGUGAGGAUUGAAAGAGACGAUGAUGAUGAUUCAAAAUUCCCAACUCCGAAUAAUGCUUCUCCCGAGAGUAUUAUGGAUGCUGGGCAUGUGGUCCUAAUAAACAGGCUGGUCACGGCGCAUCAAGAUUUCACAAUGAUCAUAAUUUUACACUCUCCUUUCUCUCUGCAAAUGUAACUGAUAUUGUUAAUUGUGUGAAAAUGAAUACUAUUAUUGAUUAAAUUUGAUUAGUUUGUUCACCGGUUGACUGGUUGUACCCAAGGUCAAACUCGUUAGCGUGCAUGUAGUCAUUGUGUCUGUGUGAGCUGCAAACACGCUUGACAGGCUGACAUAAAUAUUGCACUUCAGUCAAAAAUUGACUCGUUAAACCUUCUACACAAAUGUAAUGCGUCAUGCAAAUGAGGACAAGCCCCGCCUACUGCAAAUGACCAAGCCAGUAGAAAAAUGUUUGCUCAAAGGGCUGAUCUUAGUUCAUUCACUCAGUAAACACAGAAGACGUUGUUGUCACAUCAGACUUUGUGUUGCAGUUUGACUUCUCCCGGAGCACAGCUGACAACGCCGUCAUUAAGCCCUCCGCCCUUCUCUUCAUCUGCCACACACACUCCCCAUCUGAGGCCAUGGAGGAGGUCAAUCUGCGCAAAGAAAGCGUAACAGCCCAUCCACCAUCUUUGCUGGAGCGGAAGGCUCGCCAUGCGCCACCCACACUCUGGGUCCUCAAAUCCAAGCUGCAGCGGAGUCUGAGCUGCUCCAUGCCCCGAGUACGCUCCACCUUGUCCGGCUUCUUCCCCGUUGUGCGUUGGCUGCCCAAGUACAAACUGCGAGAGUACGUGUGGGGGGACGCCAUGUCCGGCUUGAUCGUUGGAAUCAUUUUGGUACCGCAGGCCAUUGCCUACUGCCUGCUGGCUGGAGUCGAGCCCAUCUAUGGAUUGUACACGUCAUUUUAUGCCAAUAUCAUUUACUUCCUCAUGGGGACAUCCAGACAUGUUUCCGUUGGAAUCUUUAGCCUGAUGAGUCUCAUGGUUGGACAGGUGGUCGACAGAGAAGUGUUCCUAGCUGGUUUUGACCUAAACGAGGAAUUCUCCGGUCCUCCGGAGUUCAACGGUUCAUUCAGCAUCAACCUCACAAGCAGUGAAACUCGGACAGUGGAAAUAAUGGGUGUGCAGUGUGGCAAAGAGUGUUAUGCUAUUAGCAUUGCUGCUGCUCUUACAUUCCUGGCUGGUAUCUACCAGGUCAUGAUGGCAGUGUUUCGGCUGGGCUUCGUCUCAGUCUACCUUUCGGCUCCCAUGUUGGAUGGUUUUGCCACAGGAGCCUCGUUCACUAUCCUGACCGUCCAAGCCAAAUACCUCUUGGGUCUGAAGAUUCCUCGCCAUCAGGGCUAUGGCACUGUUGUUGUAACCUGGAUCAACAUCUUCGCCAACAUUCACAAGACCAACAUAUGUGACCUUAUCACGAGUGCCAUCUGUAUCACCGUCUUAGUGGCAGGGAAAGAGAUCCAGGAACGCUACAAAGAUCGUUUGAAGAUCCCACUGCCGACUGAACUAGUCGUGGUUGCCGGAGCGACGCUGGCCAGUCAUUUUGGGAAUCUCAACCAUCAUUACGGCACCAGUGUUUCAGGUCACAUCCCCACUGGCUUCAUCCCUCCUCAAGUGCCCAGCUUUAGUCUGAUGCCAAGAGUAGCACUGGAUGCCAUUCCUCUGGCUGUUAUCAGCUUUGCCUUCACCGUGUCACUGUCCGAGAUGUUCGCCAAGAAAAAUGGCUACACGGUUCGACCCAACCAAGAGAUGCUUGCCAUCGGCUGCUGUAACAUCAUCCCCUCCUUCUUCCAUUGCUUCACCACUAGCGCAGCUUUGGCAAAAACGAUGGUGAAGGACUCAACGGGGUGUCAGACGCAGGUGUCAAGUCUGAUCAGCGCCUUGGUCAUCCUGCUCGUCCUGCUCUUCUUCGCGCCGUUUUUCCACGCUCUCCAGAAGUGCGUCCUGGCCUGUAUCAUCAUUGUCAGCCUUCGCGGGGCACUCAGGAAGUUCAAGGACAUCCCCGCUAAGUGGCGAGCCAGCCGUAACGAUGCCACGGUUUGGCUGAUUACCAUGUCGGCCACGGCUCUGAUCAGCGUCGAGUUGGGACUCCUUGUUGGCGUCACCUUCUCUUUGAUCUGCAUCAUCUAUAAAACUCAGAACCCUAGGGUCUCUCUCCUGGGCCGAGCCGGCGACUCUGACCUUUAUGAGGAUAUGGAGGAAUACCAAAACCUCGUCGCUCCAAGCCGAGUGAGAGUCUUCCGAUUCCAGGCUCCUCUCUACUACGCCAACAAGGACACCUUCCUAAAAGCCCUCUACAAAGCUGUCGGUGUGACACCUUUCUUGGAGAUGACCAGCCGGAGAAAGGCAGAGAAAAAGGCCAAAAAAAUGUCCGUGACCCAAGCCCAGGCCAAUGGGGACGCCAACAACGGAGACGUCGUCGUGGCACUCGUUCAAAGACAACUGGACUUCCACACCAUCAUUUUGGACUGUUCUGCCAUACCAUUCCUAGACUCCACCGGCCUGGUUGCCUUUAAGGGGCUGCUCAAGGAGUUUGCGGAGAUUGGUGUAAGAGUGGUCUUCGCCUGCUGUAACACCUCCCUCAUAGAUACCUUGCAGAAGGGACAGUUAUUUGGGAAGGGUGACAAAGACAUGAGCAAAAUGCUGUUCCACACAGUCCACCAUGCGACCCUGUACGUAAACAUCCAGCAGGCCGAUAAGAGCUCAGAAGACUCUGUUCUGUAGAACUUAAUGUGUCACCAGGUCUUGCGUGAGUUUUCUUCUGGUAUUCCGGUGUACUGUCCUUUCCAAAAAACAUGUAUGUUAGUUUCAUUGAGGACUCAAAAUGUUCUUGCAUGGUUGUUUGUCUAAAUGUGACCCGCAGUUGACUGGCAACCAGUCCUGGGUAUACCUCACCUCCAACAUAGCAGCAACGUCGCGUUGCAUUAAGCAAUGUUCGCGUCCACUCACCUCUGUCUGAAUCUGUACGAGACGGACCAAGAGCAAAACAAACCUGUUGGCUAAUCAUUCAUCGACAUUUUAAUUUAAUGAUCACCUCGGUGCCUUAAGUUCCACUUUUCGGAUGGAGCACUUUGCUAAAACACUUUUUGAGCCUUUUAGACCGCCGUCCUUCUCACUUGUGAACGGUCCUGCUGAAGUGAGACGAACAAGGCACAUUAUAAAUGCAUAAUAUCAGAUUGCAGAUGGAUAGAUAUGUGGUAGUACAGCAUGAAAUAUUCAUUCUUCAGACAAUGAAAACAUAAUGUAUGAAGCUGUAAGAGAAGGUAAAACACAAUUGAGAUCAAAACAAAACUAACCCGUCGGCACCAUCAAGCAAAUGAUUGCCUUUUCCUGAAGUGCCGCUUUUACUAUAGAGCACUUUGCCAAUACACUUUCUGACCUUUUCGGGCCACCACAGCUCGUAUGCUCAGUGGAGCCGAAACGUGAGCAAAACAAAUCCGAUUUUUCAUCGAUGUGAUGUCGUAUAAAAUGAUUCCGUGGAUUGAUGCAAAUACGUCAUCAUGGUUGUCACAUUGCGCAACUGUCUGUCCAUUCACAUACAGGCCUUAAGGCAACUAAACACUGUUGAGGAGCCUGUGAUAAAAUAAUACUUUAUUUUUUUUUUUUACAAGUAUGACUUUUAUUGUUACAGUAAUACAAUCCUAUUUCUUUUUGGCUAUGAAAUUUUGCAACUUGGGCGGCCAACCCCGUCACCCACCCACCCCGUGCUAUACCACUGACCCUAAGAGCAGUGUAUAUAUAUAUAUAUAUAUAUAUAUAUAUAUAUAUAUACAGUAUAGAUACCAGAUAGCUCGUCCUGCAUAUACCCUAAUAUAGACAGAUUCAUGCAUUGCUCAUUGAAAAACAAAGGAAAAUUUAAACACACACACGCGCACACACACACAUACAAAUGUAAUCUAACGCCACAGUGUUCUGUCAGUGUACAUAAAGUCAUUGCUCAUGUUCAUGUUUUUAGUUUUAUCAUAUCUGUUAAAUGUCUCGCUAAGUUUUAUUCAUUUCCUGAGUUUGGAAAUGCCCCGCUAGCCUUCCUCAGAGGAAGAACAGUAGCCAUUAAAAUGGGACAUUAUUUAAAUUAUGCAACAGCCAUCAUUCCAAUAUGAGAUGAACUGCUGCUUUUAAAUAUCUGAUGGCCUAAUUUAUUGGCUGAUAUGUAAAACAAUCGAACGCGUGCCUCAAACCUCUCAUCUUUCUUUGCGAUGAUAUGAACACAGGAGACCUGCUCAAUUUCAACCCAAUAAAGAUAUGUCUUGUCGAUGGUGACUGAUGUUUAGUUUUCUUCAUCCUUCACGAUGCAUCCGAAUACCCAGCCGGAUCAAGAUGGCUGUAUUUGGAUUGGAUUAACUUUAGUGUCAAAUGUAUUGUAUGUGCAACUCAUAGCAAAUAUUUAGUUGAUUAUUUGGACCUUUGCUCGACGUGUCAUUAAUCACACUAAUCCAGGUGGCCAAAGUCGACACUUAAUGAUUUAACCAACCAAAGCCAAUUAUUACCCGAGACGUCAAAAUCAUUUCCUAGACGGUUUAAACUCUCAACUGUGUUCCCCUCGAAACCUUUAACUUGUACUAUCACCACUUUUUCUAAUAGCUGCAAUUCUCUUCUAUUUGUCACUUUUUUUGUUUUGAAAAUUAAAUUUGCCUUGUUAAAAAGUGAAACUGUCUCUAACAUUCAUUUUAUUGUCCAUUUUUUUAAUGCAUUUUGAAAACUCUUGAAAGAUGUAUGGCUGUCUUUUGAGCAUUCCUUUUUGCAAUUGUGUUGGACAUUCGUGUGUGAGCAUGUUUAAUACUUGAAAUAAACUCUAUGAGUAAGAUA